AUUCGUCCCCCUCUGCUUCACGCCACAGCUCACCACCGCGCGCGCUCUCUCGACCCGCGCGAGCCGAGCCGAGCCGAGCCUCGUACGCCCUCGCACCACUGUUCGCCCCCUCGCGACUGCUUGCCCGGUUUCUCGUCGCUCGAGGUGCCCACUAGGGAGGGGGAUUCGGAGAGGGAGGAGAUCGCCGGCGGCUGGGCUCCGGCCGGAGGACUCGGCGGGCGGGAUCCACCUCGCGCUUUUCUUGGCGCCCCCCCAUGCCGUGAGCGAAGCGGCGAGCGCCAUCCUCUGUUCCCCGGGGGAGAUCUUGCUCCUGCCUGCAGCAGCUGAGACCCGAGCGCCGAGACCGAGAGGAGGUAGCGCCCGCCGACAUGGCCGGCAGCGACGAGGUCAACCGCAACGAGUGCAAGACGGUGGUGCCGCUCCACACAUGGGUGCUCAUCUCCAACUUCAAGGUGUCGUACCACAUGCUGCGCCGCCCCGACGGCACCUUCGAGCGCGACCUCGCCGAGUACAUGGACCGCCGGGUGCCCGCCAACCCCAGGCCGGUGGAGGGCGUCUCCUCCUUCGACCACGUCAUCGACCACUCCGUCGGCCUCGAGGCGCGCAUCUACCGCGCCGUCGCCGGCAACGCCGCCGCGGCCGCCGAGGGCGCCGCCGCGCUCACCCUGCCCAUCCUCGAGUUCCUCGGCGGGGCGACGUCCCCGGAGCCGCUCCCGGUGAUCAUCUUCUUCCACGGCGGCAGCUUCGCGCACUCGGCGUCCAGCACCACCAUCUACGACAACCUCUGCCGCCAGUUCGUGAAGCUGAGCAAGGGCGUGGUGGUGUCCGUCAACUACCGGCGCGCCCCGGAGCACCGGUACCCGUGCGCGUACGACGACGGGUGGGCCGCGCUCAAGUGGGCGCAGGCCCAGCCGUUCCUGCGGAGCGGGAGCGACGCGCGGCUCCGGGUGUUCCUCGCCGGCGACAGCUCCGGCGGCAACAUCGCGCACCACGUGGCCGUGCGCGCCGCGGAGGAGGGGAUCAAGAUACACGGCAACAUCCUGCUCAACGCCAUGUUCGGCGGCGUGGAGCGCACCGAGUCGGAGCGGCGCCUCGACGGCAAGUACUUCGUCACGCUCCAGGACAGGGACUGGUACUGGAAGGCGUACCUGCCGGAGGACGCGGACCGGGACCACCCGGCGUGCAACCCGUUCGGGCCGAACGGGCGGCGGCUCAGGGGCCUGCCGUUCGCCAAGAGCCUCAUCAUCGUGUCCGGGCUGGACCUCACCUGCGACCGGCAGCUGGGCUACGCGGAGGGCCUCCGGGAGGACGGGCACGACGUGAAGCUGGUGCACCGCGAGAAGGCCACCAUCGGCUUCUACCUGCUGUCCAACACGAACCACUACCACGAGGUGAUGGAGGAGAUCGCCGAGUUCGUCCGAGCUAACCUCCUGUAGUACAUACACCAGCCCAGUCGUCUCGUCGUGGAUGAGCUCGCCGUCCGUCCCGACGCAAUCAAAUACGUACGUACGUACUGCUGCCUAUAGGAAGCUAAAUGGUAAGCUUGACUUAUACUAGUAUCUCUUAUACUACUGCUGCCGGUGCUGCUGCUGCUGCUGGUUGGGGAUGUCAUCUUGGAGCCCGGCAAUGGCUUCCGGCAAGUGAUCUCUAGGCUCCAAAGGGGAUCCCCACGUCUGUCCGUCUGUCCUUCUGAUGAUAAAACUCAAUGGCUCGACCUCGUCGGAGCGAGGGAAGCCAUUGUCGUCCCACUAAUUGUUCCGCCGGCCGAUCGGUCGGUGUGAUCCUUGGAACUCCGAUGAUCUGUAUCCAUCCAUGUGUUUGCCUCUGGGGCUAAGACAAGAGAGAGAGUGCCUCCGCUCCAGCGUGUACCAUUUGACAUUGGUUGAUGGAGAGGAGCAUAUUAUUUCACCUUCAUCCUCUGUUGCUGCUGCCUGCUUAUCCUUGAGGGAAGAUGUGUCUAACGUUAUGUGUACAGUGAUCGAUCGAUCGAUCAACGGUGAGUCUUUUGUUGCUGUUGAUGUGGUAGUUUCUUUCUUGUGUCAGCUACGGGUUGGGUUGGAUUGGAUGGUGCUCUCUCAGCUCACUCUCGUCCAAUCCGUGCAUGUGAAAAAUACACCUGUCUAUCUAUCUAUCUAUCUAUCUAUCCUGUGUGGUGAUGAUAUAUGCUUCUAGUCCAGUCCAGACCAGUAGUAGUCUAGUCUAGGCUAGCAGUAUAAAUUCUCCUCUAACUUUUUUUGUAUCUUUCUCUCCUUUUCUGGUUGAUGUACUCUGAUCUGAUGAUCCUUAUGUAUACACAUGUUUGGACUUUGGACUGCGAGUGCUGUAACGCGUGUACUGUGCUUGGUUGAUCCAUCCAUUCCGGUUUUUUUUCA